CUUAGAUCUUCACAUCCAUCAUGGCAUUCCGUCCAACUCCUCAGUGGCUCACAUACGCCAUCGCAUCCGGCGGCUGCGCAGCCCUUAACGGCGUCUUCGCAAAACUCACCACAACCCAAUUAACCACAACCUGGGCAACAGCCAUCUCACACAUCCUCGGCAUGAGAGACGAAAGUGUAAUUGUGGAAGGUCUCGUGCGUGGUUUCUUCUUCCUAAUGAACCUCGCCUUCAACGCCGUAAUGUGGGGUCUCUUCACAAACGCCCUCCGUCUCGCAUCAAGUACUGUCCGCGUGAGCGUGAUCAAUACAAGCGCGAAUUUCAUGCUUACGGCGAUUUUGGGAUGGGUAAUUUUUAAGGAAUCUCUGCCAGGUCUGUGGUGGCUCGGCGCCUCAUUCCUCGUAGCAGGAUCGGUCAUCAUUGGGAGACGAGAGGAAGGGAAAGAUGCUGAGACUGUUGCGGAGAGAGAUCCUACAACCGCGGCCGCUGCUGGCGUGGCCGUAAAUUUAGAAACAUAUACUGAUGAGCCGGAUGCUCCUCCGCCGAGUGUAAGCAGAACUCCGACCAGUGCGAAUUUGGAGACUGGUGGGGCUUAUGCUAGUGAUGAUAGCGACAGCGAGGCGCCCGAGACGAUGGACCUGCUGCGACAAGGCGCAGUACCAGACGCAAGUAGAUGAAAGGAUAGCAUUGGAAGUGAACUAUCACUCUCAGAGAUUUUGCCCUUUCGAAGAGCAUGCAAGUCUUACCCAUUGGCACGAACCUGGUAAACCCAAGGGCUGACCGAGCGUGGUGAAGCAUCGAUACUUUAUUCACUACCUAUGGCAACGCAGGAAGUAUGCAAAG